GUUAGAAAAAAGAAGAAAUCUUUUCUUAAAAAAAAAAACCGAGGUCUCAGCACUUUUCGUUCAGGAAAGUGGGAAGGAAGGACACACGAAAACAAAGGAGCACAAGAGUUUUAAAGUUUAAAUAGGCAGGUCUGGGCGCCUGAAGUAGUUCUUGCAUUUGAGUUUUAACCCUCUGAGGAUCUGAAGCACUUGUUUUACUUUCUUCACGGCUGACUAGUAAGGUAGCAGCCAGUGAAGAUGGGGGACUGGAGCGCUUUAGGAAGGCUUCUUGACAAAGUCCAAGCCUAUUCUACAGCAGGAGGGAAGGUGUGGCUGUCUGUCCUUUUCAUUUUCAGGAUCUUGCUACUAGGAACAGCAGUGGAGUCUGCCUGGGGAGAUGAGCAAUCAGCGUUCAGAUGCAACACCCAGCAGCCUGGUUGUGAAAAUGUUUGCUAUGACAAAUCCUUUCCAAUCUCUCAUGUGCGGUUCUGGGUUCUGCAGUUUAUUUUUGUGUCUGUGCCAACCCUCCUGUACUUGGCACAUGUGUUCUAUGUGAUGAGGAAAGAAGAAAAACUUAACAGGAAGGAAGAAGAGCUUAAGCUUGUCCAAAGUGAGGGUGUUAAUGUAGAUAUGCACCUCAAACAAAUAGAAAUUAAGAAAUUCAAGUAUGGAAUUGAAGUACAUGGCAAGGUUAAAAUGCGAGGAGGACUGCUCCGCACCUACAUCAUUAGCAUCAUCUUCAAAUCUAUAUUUGAGGUGGCUUUCUUGCUCAUACAGUGGUACAUCUAUGGGUUUACCCUGCAAGCCAUUUAUACUUGUGAACGAGUGCCAUGCCCGCACAAGGUGGAUUGCUUCCUCUCCCGUCCCACAGAGAAAACAAUCUUCAUUAUCUUCAUGCUGGUGGUGUCUUUAGUCUCGCUUUCCUUGAACAUCAUUGAAAUUUUUUAUGUCACCUUCAAGAGCGUUAAGGAUCGCAUGAAGACAAAAAAUGAUCCUUUUUCUCCUAACAGUGGGUUGAGUCCCUCUAAGGAAUGUGGAUCCCCCAAAUAUGCCUAUUUCAAUGGUUGCUCCUCUCCAACGGCCCCUUUAUCACCCAUGUCUCCACCAGGAUAUAAACUUGUUACUGGAGACAGGAACAAUUCCUCUUCUUGUCGUAACUACAACAAGCAAGCCAGUGAACAAAACUGGGCAAAUUACAGUGCUGAGCAGAACAGGAUUGGACAGGCUGGGAGCACCAUCUCCAACUCGCAUGCUCAGCCAUUUGAAUUUGCCGAUGAUCCUCAGAACAGUAAAAAAAUGGGUUCUGGGCAUGAGCUACAACCUCUCACUGUUGUUGACCAAAGGCCUCCAAGCAGAGCCAGUAGUCGAGCAAGCAGCAGACCUCGACCUGAUGAUCUGGAGAUCUAACCCUUUGUAGCCACAGUACUUAUCACAACUAUGAAAUGCAUUAGAAGAUGCACAUACAGUUUUCAUGCAGUUCCAUUGGAGGUGGUACUUCAACAGUCUCAGUGAUGAGAUCUUAACAAACACAAAAACUUGGGGAAUUUUUUUAAAGUGGGAAGCUUUGGUAGUGUGGGGAAGUACAUCACAUUUUGGUAUUUAAAGUAGCUGAUUUUAAAAAAUGUAAAUGCUAAUUUUUUUAAAAAAAACUUAAUCAACACUACAUUAGGGGGAUUUGGGUUUAUUAUUUGCUUUAGAAAGAUUAUAAAUGAGUGGGUAUGUAUGGGUUUAUAAUAUGCUGAUUUUUCUAAAGAAAUUUGGGGUUUUUUUUUAUUAUACUAAAACCAAAAGUUAAACUGAUUUUUUUAAUCACGAUGCAAUGGUAUUCUUUCACAAAAAAUGACAGUCUUACAUUAGAUUCUGAUCAUUUUCCUAUUAGAACAUUCCAUUAUUAAAAUUUGCACUUUGAAGGAAAACUUCCUGGUAUGGCCUGGUCAGUGUCUAUACAAUUAUGCAAGUCUGUUUCCUUGGAAUCAGUCAACUACAUUUCAGACAAGGGCCCAUCGCAACAUUCUUUGGCCAUGUUCUUCUUAUGAUUGAACAGAUCUAGUUUGGGGUGCAGGGUGGAGUUCUUGGUCUUGUGCCAUUCUCUUGCACCUCAACAUCCUGUUCAUCCCACACAGCCUUCAAUGAUGGCUAGGAAACAGUGUCAGGUAGGGUGUGGACAAUCAAGUCAUUUCAUUGAAUGCUAUCACCUAGACUGUUUAUCUGUCCACAUUUAAUUCCCAUUAUUAUCAGCGGGAUUUGAGCAGUGUGGUUGGAAUUAUAGUCACUGGGUGCAAUUCAGGAUCAUUAAAUUUGGUAGGAAUUUCAACUUCAGUGGUUCAUGGAUUACUUACUCCUAGAGCCCCUUGUGCAUUGGGAUGCAUGCACAGAGCUUGGUCCAUAUAAUUUACUUCAGUACUUCAAAAAGGGUAGAGCUUUGCCUCCACAGGAGUAUUGAAGUGAAUGAAGCACCCACUGUGUAGAACGAACAUUGUGCUUAAACUUGGAUGCCGAUAUCUAUGGCACAUUAUUAGAUGAGGCCAAGUGUAUGGAUUUGUGUGUUACUUUAAGGGGCAGAUAUACAAUGAGUGGAGAAGAUAUUCAUGAAUAGUUUAAUGCUCACAUAAAUAUGCUCACAAAUAAUUAUGCAUUUAUGCGUCAUCAUGAUGUUUACAUUAAAUGAUUCCAGUAAAUAUACCUGAUGCCCAUUUUAACAAUUGAGACCACACUUUUUGUAUGUUCUAUAGCAGAUGCUGUACAUUUCUUAAUAUGAAUACCAUUAUAAGAUCCUGAAAAUUUUGAAAAAAAUUCCUAUCAAUUAAACAAAAAACCCUAGUAUUGCUUGAUUAAGAUUUGUGAGAAAAAUCACAUUCUUUGGCAUUUAUGAAUAAUUUUCUUUCAUAAAAUUAAGAAGCAGGGAAUCUACUAAGUUCCCUAGUCUAUUUCUCUGACUUGUAAUAACUUAUGCUUGAAUAACAUAAAUUGUAGUACUGUGUGUGGGGGGGGGGGGUGUUGAUGUUAGCCUGCCAAUAAUGUGAGAGACGGGGUAAAUUUACACAAUCAUGUUUAUCCAGUAGUGAUUGCAGUUAUCACAUGGUUGCUCAAGGGUAUCAAAUGACUAUUGUGGAUUAUAGAUCAUAGACGGAGAAGCGGGGAAAAGGCCUUUGAUAAGUGCAUUCUCAGAGGAUUGUGUGAAUAGAACCUUAGAACAACUGCUUUGAGCUGUACUAAUAAUACAUGUUUAUGUCAGUUUUACAGUAGCAAGCACUUCUUAAGAGUUGUUCACAUACAAGUCAGUACAACUGAAACAUGAUGGUUUAAUUCAGUUUUGAUAUUUCAUUCCCUCUCAUUGACAGUUUUGAUAUUUGCACAUUAAUUUUUUGGGGAAGUGCAAGUGAGAACAAAUCUAAUUUAUUUGAAAAAUAUGCUAAGGAAAUAUACUUUUGUUGUUGUUCAACCUCUCUGCCUUUUGCUUCAACACAGUUCAACCAACACAACAGCCUGGCUUCAUUUUACAGCAACACAGAUUUAUGGGUUUCUAUAUUAUGUUAUACCAAGUCAUGUGACAUUCCAUGUUAAAACCAUGUCAGGUUCAUUGAUUGCUUGUAUACUGCCAUAGUCCAUCGGAUUACUUUGUCUGGAGAACCAACUUUAGUCAAUAAAGUUUUAAUUUAG